AUGAGGUGUCCCCUCCCAGGCCCCAGACGACGGCGGGACAACAAGAAAAGAAAGGCAGGAGGAAAACAGCAAAAAGACUGGAAAUGGUUCGGCAGUCCGAGAGUGUCCUCCCCCCUAUCCCGCACAAUCGCCGCUGAAAAGAUUGGAUCUGAUUGGGGAAUUGGUGGGGAUUUCCAGACGACAACUGGCCAACUGGAUGUUGCUCUGAGCAACGGCAACGUGGGCGGUCUCUGCAGGCAGAACCACCACACCGCGAUGCUGCAAAGCGACCCCCCGUCCGCUGCAGCCAAGGAUGGACACAGCGCCGCCGCAGCGCCGCACCGGACGAGACCCAAAGCAGCGACGAGCAGCCAGACGGGCGAAUUGCACAAUGCUUACUGGGUACGCUGGAUCGCCGGCCCUUGGCUGGCUGGCUUAGGAUUCAAGGGUUGUCGCCUUGGUCUCGACUUUUUUUGCAAGAAGCUUGACUGGGGUCUCCCUGGCAACCAUUCAACCCAUUUCCGGGACUGGUUGCCCGCUACGGAUACAGGCUACGUACAGAGUACAGCUCGGCCUCCCUGGUUGAAGCAUUGGAGGCGCAACCGACGAAUUGCAUCAGUCAGGCAACGCCACCCGCCCGCGCCGUACCUUCCAGUCGUUUCCUGUCUUGUUGCAGCCGCCCUCAUCCUACUCGAUGUUUGGGGACUGGACGAAGCUGCAACAUGUUCGGACGCGUUCUUCGGUUUCGUCUCAACAUUGCACGCUUGGCUCUUUCUUGAGACAACCAGCUGGUCGCUCAAUUACCAGCCAACAGGUCUUUCUUCGGCCAGUCCAACUCAACCUGUUUCUCCUGGAUCCUGUUCCAUCCAUGCACCCCGCAGUGUCUCCUCUCGAAUCUCCAAUUUCGACGUCAUGCUGCCAAGCAGUUGA